CGAAUUAAACCCUCUUACACACUUUCGAUAUCCCCUAUUUCUUCGCAACAAACGCAAAGUAACAAUCAAACAGAGAAAAUGAACUUCGAAAAUUUCCAGAAAGCAGUAUCGGAAUUCCAAAGCCGGUGCAAUGGCUUGGUUCAAAACCUAACCACCAACCUUAACCGUUUCCCAAAAUCUCCUCCGUGGGCCCGGAUAGCCCCGAACGGCAUCAGGCCAUUGACGGCGGAGACAAUCGAGCAGCGUCUGGAAGGCGUUCCCGUCUACGCUCUCAGCAACGCCGCAGACGAGUUCAUGUUGGUAUCUGGCACUUCCACUGGUAGAAAUUUAGGUCUCUUUUGCUUCAAUAAAGAAGACGCUGAAGCAUUACUUCACCAAGUAACCGCUAUUGACCCUCUCCUGCCUCAAGGUUCCAAAGUCGUUCCUGUUGCUCUCAACAAGGUAUUUCAACUCAAAGUAAAUGGUGUUGCGUUCAGAUUGAUACCUGAAUUCUCUCAAGUGAAGAAUGCGCUGCAAGAGAGGGAAAAAUCUGGUAUUCCUUCCGGUGAUUUUUUUGGUGUUCCAGUUUUCCAGUCCAGAAGUUUGAUAUUGAAGAACCAGACAAAGAGAUAUCGUCCACUCUUCUUCAGAAAGGAGGAUUUAGAAAAUUCAAUUGAAAAGGCGUCUGGGCAGCUGAAUAGAAUAAAAUUGUCUUCCAGACAAGGGGACAUAGAGGUUGCUUCUCUAGAGGAUGUAAUAAAGGAAAUGAAGGAAAAUUCUACAUCUAAAUGGGAUGAUGUUAUUUUUAUACCUCCUGGAUUUGAUGUUUCAAGUGCAACUGACCCCAAUCCGCUAUAAUGCGAGAUGAGUUAAACAUAAAAUUGAUCCUGUGUUACCUUUUGUAAUUCUAGUAUUAAGUUUUGAAUUUUAAUAUUGAAUAUAUGACAAACUUUGGACUGCAAAUGCAUACUCCCAAAUAGUAACUUCCAUAUGAAAUGUUAAAUGGAGAGUUUGGAACUUUCAUUUUCUUUUUCAGUUUUCAUUAUCAAACAGGCUUGGGUGGACUUCAUAAUCUCAGUUGGUUCAUGUUGACUGUUGAGAUGUUCACUGUCUUGUGUGAGAGUGUGAGGGCACCAACUGAAUGUUCUGUAGUUCUUGGAGAUGCAUCAAAUUGGUGGUGAUAUUGCUAAUGAUAAUAAUAAUGAUUGAAUUUGAAGUUGUAA